AGUCCCUGAGAAACCUGUAAUUAUUUCAAUAUAUUGUCAACAUUCUUGAAAGUGAUUUUGUACCGCGCAAUAGUGCAUAUGAAGGUCUCAUGAGCUGGGCGCAUUUGAAAGAGUCUUUGCUUAACAUGCUUUUGGUAUACGAUGAACCUAAAUGGAAGCUUGAAAUUGUUGUGCAGUACUUUUGGAAAUAUGUGGGAAAGCCUUCUGUCCGUACUCGUAGGUCUAAUGGUUCUGUAGAUGAUACAACAUUUAGUGGAGCAUUGAAGUGCUUUUCAGAUAUCACCGGCACAAAAAGCGCUGUUAAAAGAAUUGUGACUGAAGUAAUUCAGUUACUCUUAGUACAUGGAUUUCAGGUGAUUGGUCUUGCUCUUUAUGAACUUAUCUAUAUACCUGUUAAUAAGUAACACUGUCUUUCAAAGUUUAACCUGUUGUAUGUAAAGA